CGAUCUCCGAGUGCCCUCUGGGGCACAGAGGAGUGCCUCCAAGGAGCACUGAAGCCUUAGAUGGGAGUAGCGGAGAUUCCAAGGACUGAAGACAGCAGCUACUUCCCAAGGAGUGGGAAGCUUGCCUUAUGAGGGAUGCCACUGGAAUCAUCUUCCUCCUUGAUGCCAUCAUCCUUUCCUUCUGUCUUACCCACAGUACCAGAUAGUAUUACUAACUUUUCCCCUCCCCCAAUGUCUUACAUCACCUCCCAAGAGAUGAAGUGUAUUCUUCACUGGUUUGCCAGUUGGUCAGGUCCCCAGCGAGAACGUUUCCUACAGGACCUGGUAGCUAAGGCAGUACCAGGAAAAUUACAGCCACUACUGGAUGGUCUGGAGCAGCUUAGUGUGUCCGGGGCAAACCGACCACCUUGUAUCUUUGAGUGCCAGCUACGUCUUUGGGAUCAAUGGUUUCGAGGUUGGGCUGAGCAGGAGCGCAAUGAAUUUAUCAGGCAGUUGGAGAUCAGUGAGCCAGACUUCGUGGCAAAGUUUUACCAAGCAGUGGCUGCAACAGCUGGCAAGGACUGACAGGCAUUCAGAUCAGAGAAGAUAACCACAGAUGAUGGAGUCAAGGCCGUAACUCUACAGUGAGAACUGAAUUCACAUGUGUCACAUAAAAGUCUGGGAGUGGUAUACAGAACAACUGAAUGAACUUGCCUGACCAGCACAGCCAUGGUUAUCUCAACAUUGAUAACAUGUCAGUGGGACUCCAUCUAAGUAUAGAUGUUAUUCAUCUAAGCAAAUACAGAUCAUCAGUUUGUCUUCUAGGUUGCUUCUUUCCAAGAGAUGCCAAACCCUCUAGAAUUUGAUUAUUUUGGAACUGUACCCAAAGGAACUUACAUAUAUAUAACAUAAGCCUACUGUUGGCCCAUGAAGUGUAGUAGAGCCUUCCUUCCCCAGGGAGAGAAGGAUAAUAAAAAGUCAUAUUUUUACAGUCUAGCUAGGUUCAGAUGGCUUGUUUUCCUUGCCCACCAGAUUCUGGCAUAAUUACGACACAUCCCAACCACUAGCUUUCCCAGUGAUGAUUUAGUAAAGUUAUGGAAAAUCAAGAGAGGAAGAUAAUUAGUAACUCCUUCUUCCACACCAUGUAUGUUUGAAUCCAAAUAGCAGUGACUUUUUUCUAAAGUAUAUGUGUUGUCCUUGAGCUGGUAGCAGGUAUUAAUUUUGUUUUAUAACAAUGUGAAAGCCACACUCUUUAUAGGUAAAAUGGUUUAUUUU